UCGGGGAGGGCGCGCCAGACGUCUGCCAGAGGUCUGACCUAGGCGCGUCCCGGAAGGAAGGGGGGCAAGCUUGGCGGGGAAGAAAGCGCAGACGGGGAAGGUGAGAGCCCAGCUGCCGCGGUCAUUGAUGCGUAACGGAGCGUCUCGGGAAUCAAAUCCAACGUCUGCGCGUCGACGGAAGAGGGUCGGGGCGGAGUUGGAGUCGGAGUCGGCUAUGCCGGUCGAGGUGUGACGCCUUGCGCUCGUCAGACUCGAGGCUUUUGUGUCUGUCGAAGGGCGUCGCUGCCUGGGCCAGGUUGCCAGUUGCUCGUCUAUUUGACUAGCGUCUCCGCAGUCGAGAGGCAGAGUGUUCGAUUCGAGCUCGUCUGUGAAGCGGGGAGGAUCGAGGAGACGAAGCGGCAUUUUGUAUUGUCGACCGGAGCUGGUGGCUGCUGCGUUUUCUUGGCCGUGGAGUGAUUGAGUGAGUGAUAUAGUGCGUGAGUGCGUGCGGAAGGCAAAAAAUUAAACACACGAAACGAACUGUGACUGCAGGAGCCUCAAGAUCCAUCUCUUCGUCGUUUAGUCGGAGUUCGAGUAUUUUCUAAAGCUAAACUUCGCCACCAUGAGCUACUACGAGGACGGCAAGCAGCCACCCGUCGGAGUCCCACCCCCUCAAGGCUAUGGCUACCCACCUCAAGGUUAUCCUCCCCAAGGGUACCAGCCCCAGGGUUAUCCUCCUCAGGGUUAUCCCCCAGAAGGUUAUCAGCAGCAAGGCUACCCACCUCAACAGCAAAUGUAUCAGCAACAGCCUCAGUAUCAACAGCAACAACAGAAUAACGACCGAGGCCCCUCAUUUGCUGAAGGAUGUCUUGCAGCUCUCUGCUGUUGUUGCCUGUGCGACUUCCUCUUCUAGAUCAACAUCCAGAUGAAGGAUUCCGGUUUCCCUUUUUCGACAUCAAAAGCCAAAGUCACUGGUGUCUCCAAGCUACGUACACGUUGUUACUAAUUGGGUCCAACAAUUUGUAUCAGGCUUGUAGACUGUGUAGGUUAAAAGAAAAAACCAAAGGUUGACUAGAUGCUGACUAAUAAAGCCGAUUUAGGACUUCUGGCGAUUGGGAUCAUAGCGGGUUUUGAUCCUUCGUUUCAAAUUCUUUCGGAAGUGGCAUUUAUUUGUUGAUUGUUAAAGUUCAAAUUUUGUAAGCAGACGUCAAGACGAGUCUGUUUCGUUAAGCUACGACCUUCCCGCCUGACCUGAAGUGGACAUGAACAGCGGACCUGCAGCCUUUGGUCCACUGACUCUAAAAUUUAUGAAGCACUCAUGUGUGCUGACGUUAUCGUCAUCCACGAGGAUGUUUUAUCAGUGGAUUACGGCAGAGCUGACAAUGCUAGACUGAGCUGGUCAUGAAGUGCAGAUUUUAUAUACCACGACGGAAGAGCAUCAUUUUUUUAUAGCCAGACCAGUUCCUUGAUGAAUUUGUCCUCCGGCUGUUUGCUCGUGUAUAUUUCCCUUCUAUAUAUUAAAACUUCCUUCCAUUUCAC